UAUAAUAUAAAAAAUAUAUUUUAUAAUAUAAAAUUAUAUAAAAGUUUUAUUUGAAACUUUUAUAUAAUUUUUCUUUAGUAACGAUGUAUAGGUCUAAUAAUAUAUUACAUGUUUGACAAUCUAAAUGGUGUAAGUCAUUAGUAACCGUAAACAAUACAACAUAACCUAUUUUACUAAACCAUUUUCUUCUUCAAAGUAUUUCUUUACGAACAAAGUUUUAAGAUACGUAACUUUAAUUUUUGUAAGAAGUAUGGGUUAGUAUAAAAUAUACAAAUACAAAACUAUGCCAAGGUAAAGAUAUUUUUGAAAGGAUGAACUAUUUGUAUCAGGCAAGUUACCUAAUGGCAUUGAAAAAUAGAGUAGCAGCAUCAUAUUAUGGAAAUAUAAUGGUUGGUUGUGCAAAAAAAUCAGUUUUAAGAAUAGAAUCAGAUAUUAAAAGGACAAUUUGUAAAUGUUGUCAAUCACCACUUAUACCUGGUGAAACUGCAAGGGUGCGAUUAGUGUCAAAACCGGUAAAAAGUGUGAAGUGGACAUGUUUAACAUGUUUAAGUGUUAAAAGAUAUCCCACAAAAGAAGGACAUAAAUUAUGGAUUGAACAACCUAAUUCGGUAGUUCAAAUUUUCAAUUAUGCACCAAAAUCGUUAGAUAAUAAGUCUAAUAUUGAGGUAAAAAAAAAGAAUUUGGAUAAAGGAGAACAUAUGGAUACUGAAAAGAGUUAAAUGUACACAGAUUUGAAUAUUUAUUUCCACAUGAUGUGAGAUGUGAUGAAUGUUGACAUACGAAUAUUUUUUUUAUCAAUGACUUAUACAUAAAAUAUGUUACAAUAAAUUUAUAAUCAAUAAACAGAUACUUUUACUAA